UUACACAGAGUUUAUUUAAGUCGUGAUCAUGUGUUUCAGGAUGAGUUUAAGCCCAACACAUUCACCCACUGACUCUGGAUCAGCUCCCAACUACAAAAGAAGCAGGUCCUGUGGUACGCCCAUUGACAUUGACAGCAGAAUAGCACGAGCAAUGGAUCUGGUGACGUUUCAUAUGCUGAGUGCGGUGCGAGAGGAAGUGGAACCUCUGAAAGAGAAAAUUAAAAGCUUGACUGAGAGAAACACAGAGCUGAAGAGAGAAAACCACCUGCUGAGAUCCUUGACCAAAACUGGUCAAGAGAAGUCAUAUGAGAUCACCAACCUCCCAACACAUUCCUUAGAUCAGCUCAUGGAGCACCAAACAUCACUGACCUCAUACCAGGUCACCAACCACAAAACAGCACUGACCUCAGGUCAGAUCACCAAUCACCAAAGAGCAUUAACCUGCGGUCAGAUUGGCAACCAUCAAACAGCAAUGACCUCAUAUCUAAACACCAACCAGCAAACAGCACCUUUCUUUGAUCAGAUCGCAAAGCACCAGACAGCACUGACCUCAGGAUGGAUUGCUGCCUACCAAAGAGUACCAAACCAAAACCAUCACUGCUAUCAGCAUUUCGAAAGCAUACCUGAGCGAUCAGAAAAUUUCUCCUACAGAAGUGUUGAUUAUCCGGACAAUGGAUGCUUUACUGUGAACACACAACAGUAUUUGAGUGUAGCAAUAAAGCAUAAUGUCAGAUGUGCUUAGUGUUGCUCUGUCCUAGUAGGAUAUGUUAAUGUGUAUGUUAAUAUUAUAAACAAACCAGUAUUUAUCCAAUUACCUUAUAACAGCAUUUUCUUUAAUGAUGUUGUUUAUUUGUGGCACAGAGUCUGUGUUUAAAAAUGUUCACAGUGAAAAUGUUAUUGGUAAUGAUAUUUUGAAAAACAGCUUUGUAUUUUUAUAAAAUGCAAUAUGUUGUAAUUGUUUUGCACCAAUUAUAUUAUUAUAAUAAUGAUUAAUGUUAUUAUAUACCAGGUUUUUUAUAUGCUCUGUGCAUCACUAUGAUUUGCUAAAUCUGAACUGUAAGACUGUACAGUAACUAUGUAAAGACUAAAAUAUAUUUAUAACUUCAGUAGAAAAACUAUUGAUUUUUGUGUUUGUUAAAUGCCUUCUUCAAGUUAUGAAUUUUUAUCUUACAGUUCAAACACUACCUUUCCUGUUAAUGUUAAUGUUGUGCCAUUAAGGUGGAUCCCACAGUGUACUUAUUGCCUACAAACAUGGACAACAUGGAUUACAAAACACAGUUAUCACAGACUCUCUCAUGCUCACAUUCACCGGACUACUGAUCACAUGCGCCUGAAUCACCACCAUACCAUAUAUAAAACAGCUCUCUGCACUUUUACCCAUGGGAAAGGAUAUGCUCUUUGUUGUUACCAAGUCUUGUUUAUUAAUUAUUUUUGGUUUUCUCAUUUUGCUCUUUCCUGCCCAGGUUCACGUUUUUUUAUUUACAGAUUGCCUGUGUCCUGAUCUUUACCAUGAUUCAUGGCUUUGAUUUGUUUGCUAAGAUUAAUAAAGGCUUUUACACCUGUCA